CUUCAUUCACUUGCAAAUCAGUGUGUGCCCACAAGAGCCAGCUCUCAGGAGCCCUUAACCUUCCCAUCCCGGGAGCUGCAGUUUCAGCCGCCGCAGCUUGAACGCCAGAGCCUGGGACCGCGGCGGAGGCGAGCGCAGCCUGGGCGAGUCACAGGGUCUCCCGGGCGCAGGAAGGCGAGCAGAGAUAUCCUCUGAAAGCCAAGCAAAGAACAUUAAGGAAGAAAGGAGGAAUGAGGCUGGAUACGGUGCACUGAAGAAGCACUUCCAGGAGAGGGGAGCGCACUACCCAGAGACUGACUGCAGGGCCAUCAGCAUGAGAACUUACCGCUACUUCUUGCUGCUCUUUUGGGUCGGUCAGCCCUACCCAACUUUCUCAAGCCCGUUAUCUAAGAGGACUAGUGGUUUUCCGGCAAAGAAGAGGGCUCUGGAGCUCCUUGGAAACAGCAAAAAUGAGCUGACCCGUUCGAAAAGGAGCUGGAUGUGGAAUCAGUUCUUUCUCCUGGAGGAAUACACCGGAUCUGAUUAUCAGUAUGUGGGCAAGUUACAUUCAGACCAGGAUAGAGGAGAUGGAUCACUUAAAUAUAUCCUUUCAGGAGAUGGAGCAGGAGAUCUCUUCAUUAUCAAUGAAAACACAGGCGACAUACAGGCCACCAAGAGGCUGGACAGGGAAGAAAAACCCGUUUACAUCCUUCGAGCUCAGGCUAUCAACAGAAGGACAGGAAGACCUGUGGAGCCCGAGUCUGAAUUCAUCAUCAAGAUCCACGAUAUCAAUGACAAUGAGCCUAUAUUCACUGAGGAGAUUUACACAGCCACCGUGCCAGAGAUGGCCGAUGUCGGCACAUUCGUCGUCCAAGUUACUGCAACUGAUGCCGAUGACCCAACAUAUGGGAACAGCGCUAAAGUGGUCUAUAGUAUCCUGCAGGGACAGCCCUACUUUUCAGUCGAGUCGGAAACAGGUAUCAUCAAGACAGCGCUGCUCAACAUGGACCGGGAAAACAGAGAGCGGUACCAAGUGGUGAUUCAAGCCAAAGACAUGGGCGGCCAGAUGGGAGGACUGUCGGGGACCACCACCGUGAAUAUCACACUGACGGAUGUCAAUGACAAUCCACCCCGUUUCCCCCAGAGUACAUACCAGUUUAAGACCCCCGAGUCCUCUCCACCGGGUACACCUAUUGGCAGGAUCAAAGCCAGUGAUGCUGAUGUGGGAGAAAAUGCAGAGAUUGAGUACAGUAUCACAGACGGUGAGGGGCAGGAUAUGUUUGAUGUCAUCACUGACCAGGAAACCCAAGAAGGAAUUAUAACUGUCAAAAAGCUCUUGGAUUUUGAGAAGAAGAAAGUGUAUACUCUCAAGGUGGAAGCUUCCAAUCCCCACAUCGAACCUCGGUUUCUCUACCUGGGUCCCUUCAAGGAUUCAGCCACAGUGAGAAUUGUGGUGGAGGAUGUGGAUGAGCCUCCUGUCUUCAGCAAACUGGCCUACAUACUACAAAUUCGAGAGGAUGCUCAGAUAAACACAACAAUAGGCUCAGUCACAGCCCAAGAUCCAGAUGCGGCCAGGAAUCCCAUCAAGUAUUCUGUGGAUCGACACACAGAUAUGGACAGAAUAUUCAACAUUGAUUCUGGAAAUGGUUCAAUUUUUACAUCAAAACUUCUUGAUCGAGAAACACUCCUGUGGCACAACAUCACAGUGAUAGCAACAGAGAUUAAUAAUCCAAGGCAGAGCAGCAGAGUGCCUCUAUAUAUUAAAGUUCUCGAUGUCAAUGACAAUGCCCCAGAAUUUGCUGAGUUCUAUGAAACCUUUGUCUGUGAAAAAGCAAAAGCAGAUCAGCUGAUUCAGACCCUCCAUGCUGUUGACAAGGACGACCCUUACAGUGGACACCAAUUCUCCUUCUCUUUGGCCCCUGAAGCAGCCAGUGGCUCUAACUUUACCAUUCAAGACAACAAAGACAACACUGCAGGAAUCUUAACUCGGAAAAAUGGCUAUAAUAGACAUGAGAUGAGCACCUAUCUCCUGCCUGUGGUCAUUUCAGACAACGACUACCCAGUCCAAAGCAGCACUGGGACAGUGACUGUCCGGGUCUGUGCAUGUGACCACCAUGGGAACAUGCAGUCCUGCCACGCGGAGGCCCUCAUCCACCCCACAGGACUGAGCACAGGGGCUCUGGUGGCCAUCCUUCUGUGCAUCGUGAUCCUACUAGUGACAGUGGUGCUGUUUGCAGCUCUGAGGCGGCAACGAAAGAAAGAGCCUUUGAUCAUUUCCAAAGAGGACAUCAGAGAUAACAUUGUCAGUUACAACGAUGAAGGUGGCGGAGAGGAAGACACCCAGGCCUUUGAUAUUGGCACCCUGAGGAAUCCUGAAGCCAUGGAGGACAGCAAAUCGCGCAGGGACAUUGUGCCUGAAGCUCUCUUUCUACCGCGACGGACUCCAACAGCUCGCGACAACACUGAUGUCAGAGAUUUCAUUAACCAAAGGUUAAAGGAAAAUGACACGGACCCCACUGCCCCGCCGUACGACUCCUUGGCCACCUAUGCCUAUGAAGGCACCGGCUCGGUGGCCGACUCUCUAAGCUCGCUGGAGUCAGCGACGACAGAUGGGGAUCACGACUAUGACUUCUUGAGCGACUGGGGCCCUCGGUUCAAGAAGCUGGCAGAUAUGUAUGGAGGGGUGGACAGUGACAAGGACUCCUAAUCUGUUGCCUUUCUCCUUUUCCAAUGUGACACUGAAAUAUGUGAUGUGACUCUUUCUAUUUAUCCACUAUCCAUGAAGGGUUCUCUGUUGUACCCUUUCCAAAAGCCGAUGGCUGCAGACUGUGUGGAUCCAAUGUUAGAGACUUUUUUCUAGUAUACUUUUAUGCACUUCCAAAAGCCAAGUUUUUAUUUUUUAGCUCAUGCGGUUAACCAAGUCAGCCCAGCAGGCAUGUGGGAGAGGAGAGGACCAGAGCAGUGUUUUUCAUUUAUUCUCUUAGGGCAGGUUAGCAACAUAGUCCUAACUGCUGGCCUCGGUCAGCCAACUGCUCAGCUGUACAUUUCACAUGCUAAUGGGAGAAAGGAUUGCACUUCGAUGAUGAAAAUAUAGUUUUAGUAUUUAAAGAAAGGAAAAGAAAAGGAAAGAACAACUGGGAAGUCAUUCCUGGUGUAUCAGCUCACAAGAACUGUGGAAGAGUGAGUGUGUGAGGGUGUGUAUGUGUGUCCAAGAACUUAGAAUGACAUCUGGCACACUGUGUCUGUGCUUUAAGAACUGUUUCUGGCACCAGUGAUUAUUCAUAACCAUCAAAUUCAUCAGUGUUUUAAGAUACUCAUUUCUCUUAAGGAUUAGAAACAAAUCAAAUGAUAAUGCUCAAUAAUAACACAAUAACAAAAAAAAUGGCAUUCCUUGAUACUCAUAAUUUGUUGUCUAUGAGACAUGUGGGAGUUUGCCAUUGCACCAAAUAAAAGGAAGAAGAAAAACUAACUAGGAAGGUUAACGAAAGAAACAUUUAGCAUAUUUUAAAGUUUUUGGCUACCAAGUGUGUCACAGAUCACUUGAAAUUCUCUCAACCAUCAGGAAGCUAGUGAGAAAUAAGUUUAAUUAUUUGAAAGUUCUCUGACUUUCCUGAGGCAAUAUUAACUCCUUGUUUAUAAUUGUCUCUGUUAUCUACUAUUCCUAAGAGUCACCAUGUGAAAUACAGUAAUUCAUAUUCUUCAAACACUUCUUACAUAAUUAACUUGAUGUAGUAAAGUUAGAUUUAAUAAAACUCAAGUCCCACCUUGGAGAUUAAGGGAAAGGUUAGACCCAGCCACAUUUGAAGCUAAUCCCUGUCCUUUGCCUCCAGGAACUUCUAUAUACUUAUUCAAUGUGACAAAGGGAAUAAAUGAACAGCACUGAGAUGUUGGUUUAAAAAAAAUACGAUUUUCUAUGUUUGGGAAAUGCUCAUAAUGGGAGAGCUUGGAUUCCCUUCCACAAGAAAUGUUUAAGGCUAAAAUUAAAAUGAUAGUUGACUUUUAAAAGUAUUAAUAUUUUUCCAGUUUUUAACUUUGCUUCUGGGCAAUCCUGCCAUCUUUGUAUUUGAACUAAUGAUAAAACGAUGGUCUCAACUAUGACAGAAAAGUAAUGUAAAAUUCAUCCAAUCUAUUAUUUCUCUAAUUAUGCAAUUAGGCUCAUAGUCAGUUAUUAUCCAGGGGACCCAACUGAACUGAGCUAAUCCUUCUGGCAGGUUCAAAUCAUUUAUUUCAUACGGCUGUUCUAAUGACUCUAUCAUUAGAAUCUCACAUUGUGCGGUCAUCAGAAAUUUCCAAAGUACUGUAAUGAAAACAUUCUUGUUUGAAAACUUAAAAAAAUAGGCUCUGUAUAUACAUAUAUAUAAUAUAUAUACUUAAGAAUAUGCUGACUUCUCUUAUUAGUUAUAGGGAUUUAUUUUCAAUUAUUGUUAAUUUUAUAGAGAUAAUCUUAGUGUCAUUUCCAUUUGAGGGUAAUGUUCUAUCAGUACAUGUUUUCUGUUUGGAAACACAUUAUUUGGUUGACUUUUAAAUAGAUCGGUUACCUGGGAAGUACAGGUGGCAUCUUUAAAACCAGAAAAAUGUAGAAUUUGGGUUACAGUGAAAAAUUUUUAGAACCAUAUUAACCUUUCUAUGUCCUGACAGGUUUCCUAUUUAUAAUGGACUGCCCUGUAGGAUAACAAGUGUUUCGUACUUGGGCUAUUUCCAGCUUUUAGGUUUUCUUUUUCCAAUUUCCAUACACACACUGACACACACAUGCACACAUAGAAAUGUAAACAAAAAGCUACCAGAGGGCUUCACCGCAAUGAGUCAGUAUGUAUUAUAGUCACAGGUAAGUGUUGAAAAAGAUAGCCUAGGAAAUUAAUAAGAACUAGAUAUAGCAAUAGAACAGCACCUUAAUCACACAGUUUAUUGUAAAAUUAGAGUGUUCUAUCUAUCCUUUUAUGUCAUGCAACAAACUGAACCGAGAAACACAGUUCUUAAAAGGAAAGGUAUCAUCAAAAGUCAUCCUUUCAAGCCUUUGGUGUUAAUUUUGGUGUUACAUUUCUAAGAGUUGACAAUACCGAUUUCCAAUGUUUCAGGAUAAAGUUGACUUUCUCAAAGUAUGCUUAAAAGGAAGUUCUAUGCUGGGAUAUUUAAGAUGUAAUUAGCAUGUUUACCCCACACUGAAGAUCAUAUGUUGUACCAAGAAGAGGCUAGAAUGAAUUAAAAUUGAAGUAAUUGAGAGGCAUGGUGGCGCACGCCUUUAUCCCCAGCACUUACUUGGGAGGCAGGAGCAAGUGGAUCUCUGUGAGAUCGAAGCCAACCUGGUCUACAUAGCGAGUUCCAGUCCAGCUAUUUUUUUAAGUACAUCAGUGGCAUCAAAAAAUUCUUUUGAAAUAAUUGUCUAAUAUCUUAUUACAAAAAUUGAAAUGAAGAAAAUCUAAAAGAAACUGGAUUAUGCUUGGAGUUGAAUAGUAUGAUGCUCUGCAGGUAUCAAGUUGAACAGACACUUUCUUCUGAGAAUCCUGGACAUUGUUGAAAUAAUAAGAGCACCAACUGCACUAUUUUCUCUGUAGUUUCCCUUCCCACCAAAAUAACAGAGUAGGCACCAUUCCAUGGGCAGAUUUCUUUUAGCAAAAAGUUCUGGCUAGCAUAAAAAAUCUUCCUGGGGGAAUAAAUAGUAUCAUCUCAAUUUUUAUAUUAUCUGUGUCUUGAUUCUUAGAAAUUGGUGAUGAGAAGGAUAAAUGCGGAAAACUUGAACUCUUGUUUUAAUCACUGAAAGACUAAAGUGUGUUCAGUAUAAGCAGAUUGCUCUGUAUAAUGGGUUGUUUCUGACUUCUUUUAACCUCUUCUCAAGAGAAAGAGUUUCUUCAAGCCACUAAGGUGUUCCCUAGAAUAAGCUAAAAA